AUGAUAGGGGUAGACUUCGCCGGCCCCUUGACACUUGCGCCAAACUUGCGCCUAGACUUGCGCCAAAAUCGAAGGUGCUUCACCAAAGCACACAUAGCCCUGUCCACAUGCGCAGUCACCCGAGCAGUACACAUAGAACUCUGCGAGGACACAUCAGCUGUAAAAUUUCUCCAGGCAUUCCGCAGGUUCACUUCUCGGCGUGGCAUAUGCAGCAGCGUGUACAGCGACAACGCGAAGACGUUCAAAACUGCCGCGAAAGAACUGCACGAAAUCCGCAAUGUCCUGAGAGAUCCACUCGUUCAAGACCAUUCAUCCGCACGGGGCAUCCAAUGGCACUUCAUUGUGGAACGAGCCCCAUGGUGGGGUGGGUUUUAUGAGAGGCUGAUCCGUUCAGUGAAGACCGCCAUCCGGAAAACCCUCUCAAGGAGACUCAUCGAUUUUGCCGAAAUGCGAACCCUCUUAACCGAGGUGGAGGCAAUGAUUAACUCUCGCCCCCUCACAUUCGUGUAUAGCGACGAUGACGAGCCCGUCCCACUCACACCAGCUUCUAUGAUCAUCGGAAUACGACUGCUCUCCAGACCAGCAACGAAUUCAACCCCUUCGACAGAAGUGCUGGAAGAUGCUGCACAGUCGAACAAGACGAUGCACGCCAUGUGGAAACGACGUGACGAAUACAUAGACGCUGUAUGGGAAAGAUGGCAGCGAGAGUACUCGACAGAACUCCGCUCCGCGCAUCACUCGAAGACCAAAGGUCAAUGCAACAUUGACGUCGGGGAUGUGGUCAUCAUCAAAGAACCUGGCGUCAACAGACUUGUAUGGAAAUUGGGGUUAGUCGAACGUACGCUUCCAGGCUCUGACGGUGGAGUCAGAGUGUGCCUGUUGCGGACCCCUGAGCAAAAGCUCAUAAGAUGCGCCAUCCAGCAUAUAUACAAGCUCGAGACCUCAGGGCACCACGACACCUCGCCCGGGGGCAGGCUGUAG